AUGUACAAAGCAAAGACCUUCUCCGAGCUCGUGUUCCAAGCAACACCCUCGGACCAACCUUGGCAACAAAACAACAUCUCCCCAGCUACCCGAACAGCCUUCCCAGUGAGAAUCCACAAAACAGAGGGAACUGUAGCAGGAGCAACUUCCCUCUGCCAACCGCGCGAUCAACCCUCCUCCCAGAGCUUCCACACGCUCCACAGUCCCAAAAACAAUUCCUCUCGUGACACCAAUCUUGGCUCCUGUCUCUUUACCUCCGCUGAUAGUCUCAUCACGUUUGAUUUCGGCCAAAACAUUUGUGGAGUCGUCACUCUCAAAUUUGGACCCAGAAGCUCAAAGACAAUUCUGGGACUCGCCUUCUCCGAAUCAAGCGAUUUCGUUGGCAGAAACUCGGACAAAUCUGUCGACUUCAAGGUCACCGAUGGCCACGUGACUGUCGAGGUAUACCCAGGCAUCUCCGAAUACACAAUGCCUGUGGAGAAGCUGAGAGGAGCAUUUAGAUACCUGACAGUGUUUGUAGCGAGCAAAACCCGUGACUGCAUUGCACAUGUGACAUCUGUGUCUUGCAACAUGACCCAGAUGCCUUCUUCUGCCUCCCUCAACAAAUACUCUGGGUUUUUCCACUCCAGUGAUCCUCUGCUGAACAAAAUUUGGUACGCUGGAGCUUACACUAUCCAGCUUGCGACCAUAUCGUCAGUCCAGGGUCGCAAGAGUGACUACGUCGUCAAAUCUCGUGGAUGGGACAAUUCUGGUCAUGUAAGUCAGGGCCUGGAGGUGCUUACUGACGGUGCAAAGCGAGACCGUAGCGUCUGGUCUGGUGAUCGGCUCAUUAGCACUUCAGUUUACCACUGUGCUUUCGGAGGUGUCAAUUCGGCUGCCACCGCAACUGCAAUUGAUUGGAUUUUUGCGGGCCAACAGCCUGAUGGACGUCUUCCUUACGCUUGCAAGCCUGCUGAUCUUUACGGCUCCGAUACCUUCCACUUGUGGGGGUUACUGGGCUUGUAUGAGCUGUGGCAACACAGUGGAGAUUUCCAGCGAGUGCGAGAAUUAUGGGUUCCGUUCAAAAAGGGAGUGGAACUGGGUAUGAGCUGGAUCGACUCUGACUACGGACUGGCCAAGAUUGUUUGUGGUCUUGAUUGGGGCCGGUCUGUACUUCAGGGUCAUUCUCUUUCUUUGAACGUGCUUCUUUAUGCCUGCUUAGUGUGCUCGGUCGAGAUUGGCAACCUCUUGGGAGAGCCUGAAGCUCAACUAGCUAUCUGGAUCAAUACCGCUGAGAGUCUGCACGUGCGUAUCAACGAGCUGCUCUGGGACGCAGAGAAAGGUCUCUUCAAAGAUAACCUCUCGUCAACACUCUACCCCCAAGAUGGCAACUGCCUGGUAAUUUACUAUGGGGUGUGUGAUAGUGAACGGUCAAAGACUGUUUCUGAGAGGCUCUUUGCUCGUUGGAACCAAUUUGGACCUAUCAACCCUGAGAGUAACGGCAUGAUCAGCACAUUUAUCAGUGGUAUUGAGGUUAUGGCUCAUCACCAAGCUGGAAGAACCCUUAGAGCACUAGCUCUUAUUCGCCAGACCUGGUCUUACGCUCUGUCUGCGCCCUGGAGUGUCGAAUCCAGUCUUGUGGAGGGCUUCUAUAAGGACGGAACCUGCUCUUAUCCGUCCGAUAAGCAUGACAGCAGCUACAUCAGCCACAGCCACCCCUGGUCUACAGGUCCCACGAGCUUUCUCAGCUACAAAAUCUGUGGACUGCGCUUCACCAACCCCAACCACGUGACCUGGACUCUUCAGCCUACUCUGGCUGAUUUGGAUUUCUGCAUUACUGGGUUUACUUCGGCCAAGACAGGGUAUCUCGUUGGAGGGUGGAAGCGGGACUCGAAGAACCUGCUCCAGAUUGCAGUAAAGUCUACUCCAGGGACUAUUGGCGAAAUUUGUGUCCCUCUCAUUCUCGGUAAGCAGCUGAAGAUGACUGUCGAUGGUGUCAAUGUGAAUCUGUUGAAUCUCGAGAUGGACGAAGGAUGGGCGUAUGUCAAGGGGAUCGAGGGCGGUUGCCAUACCGUCUACGCUUGGUAUCUAGACUAG